AUGAGGCAAAUUUCCCACGCCCACCGCAAACACAUGAAGCACGAACUCCCCACGAUCUCUGUCUUCAAGAUUGGAAAGAAACGGUUCCUACCCAGCGCUAUCGACAUGAUCCCUCCCCCAACGCAUCACCCCCGCUCCAUCUCUCAGCUGCCGGGACAUCCAAUGAAGUGCCAGUACAGAAGUGUAGAUGCUGCCGCUACCACCGCCGAGAGCACUCCUCUCGGCGACGACAUCACCAAUCCCAUCGUCCGCCUCCCAGACGAUCCACUCCCCACACGUAUGCCACGAGCCGGAUGUUGCCGCCGCCGAAGCAGUAGCAACCCGACAACACGUAUAAUUCAGCAACAGAAACAUAAGUCGGGGAACCCCACUAAUGAUCAAGAUGGCAUUGGCCCAAAACCAAGGAAGAAGCGCCUACAGAGGCUCACUUUCCGGCAGAACCAGAUACUUCAAGGACAUUUUAGCUUUUGUGCUCGCCCGGAUGAAUAUCGAAGGAGGGAGCUGAGUGAGAUAACUGGUCUGACAGAACAACAAGUGAAGUUUUGGUUUCAGAACAAGAUAACACAAGUCAAGAAUCUGAAUGAAAAAGAAGAGAACUAUAGAUUGAAAGUGGAGAAUGUAAGGUUGAGCGAAGAAAAUAAGAAGCUUAAGGAAGCUCAUAGGACUAUGCUUUGUCCCACUUGUGAUCCACUGCUACAUAACCAGCUCUCUCCAGAUAUGCAAAGGCUCAAAGAGCAAAAUAACUGGCUGGAGCUAGAGAUUUCCCAAUUGCAAGCUGAAACACUUCAAAAUUCCAGACAACCUUUCCAACAUGACUCGUCUGCAGAAAAUGUUGUUAUGAGACAAAAUGACAUACAAAUUAUUGUUGAACUAACUAAUAAUGCGAUGGAAGAGUUUACCAUUUUGUCCAACUCACAUGGCCCUCUAUGGCUGCCUGUCCCUGGUGGUUCAUUUGAAAUACUGAACAAGAUGGCUUAUGCUACACAAUUUGGUGGAAAAAAUAGUGCAGAUAAAAUAGGAUUCAAGACCGAGGCCACUCGUGCUGAUGUUGUGGUCAUGAUGGGCACCAAAAAUAUUAUGGAUUAUCUCAUGGAUUCUGAGUGCUAUGCAUCUCUCUGUCCCGGAAUUCUGUCAAGUGCAAAAACCAUUAAGGCUUAUAAGUGGCAUACUAAUGUAGGCUACGAUGGCGCUAUGCAUUUGAUGACAAUUGAGAUGGUGUUCCCGUCCCCCCUGGUACCAUCGAGGAAAUGCACAUUCGUGAGGUCGUGUAGGGAGCUACAAAACAGGACAACACUCAUUGUUGACGUGUCCUUGGAUAGAAGUGAUGGCACCUUCUUCCAAUGCCGCAAGAUGCCUUCAGGAGUGCUAAUUCAGCCCCUAGAACAUAACAGCUGCAAGAUCAUCGUCAUCGAGCAUGUUCUAGUAGAUGAUACCGGAGUUCAAGGCCUCUACCAGCCAUGUCUGAGUGGACUCAUGUUUGGAGCUAGGCGCUGGGCAACCAGCAUCGCACGGCAGUGCUUGCGUUUAAGAGACACCUUCCACGUUAUUACCAGAAAUGCUUUAAGAGCCAACUCAAAGGGGAGGAAGUCCCUAAUGAAGCUAGCCGAUAGCCUGCUUGUCAGCUACAGCAACAGCGUCGCCGCCAUCCCUGAGGACGCAUGGACCAUCGUGUGCGGCGCUGGUACGGAACAAGAUAUCAAGAUCGCGCAUAGGAGGAACCAUGACCGCCCGAACAAAGCUAUUGUGUCUGUGAGCGCAUCAUUCCAGCUUCCAAUACCACUUAGGGUCACGUUUGAUCUGCUCAGGAACAACACGCUGCGUGCACAGUGGGAUGUGCUGGUGAAAGGUGGUGUCGUGAGGGAGGAAGUCUGUGUCUCUGGCAGCAUAGAAGCUGAUGAUACCGUCUCCACACCGCAUGUUAAGAAUGCCGCAGAAAAAAGGGAAAACAUCAUGAUCCUCCAGAACAGCUGCUAUGACGUGUCGGGCUCGUUCAUUGUUUACGCACCCAUCGAUACCCAACUGAUGAACAAGAUCCUGAGCCCAGGGGACAUGGGGGAGAGCAAUGUAUCCAUUUACCCCACCGGCUUCUCCCUCCUCCCCGUCAGUGAGUCUGCACAGGGUGGCAUUGCCCUAGGCGAGGAUGGAGAAACUCUUGUAACCGUGGGGUUCCAGAUUCUGCUGAAGCUCGCACGUGGCAAUGGCUUAUGUCCUAAGUCUGUGGCUGCGACCAUCGAUCUCAUGUCUGAGAACAUUGCGACUAUCAAAACAUCCUUGAUCAACAACCAGUCUCAUGUACAACAGGGAAAGGGAGGCACAAUGAUAGUGGAAGGACGUAAAUCAGCGUCGAAUACAUUGUCAGUUCAGAUCAACUGGAAGGGAGCAGCCCCAACCAGUUGCAGCCUCAACUGCCCCUGGUUACUUCCCUCCGUCCGGCUUGUCGAGCAGCAGCUCGUCGGAAGCAGCGCUCAGCCCCCCAGCAGCGAGCCAUGUCCGACGGCCACUCUCAGUACACGGCUACCUCCAGCACGCGGCAUCGGCAGGAGGCCGAUCGCGCCGUGA